AUGCGCUCGGACCGCGUGAGGGAGCUGCGCCAGGAAACCGUCGACAUGUUCUACCAUGGCUUCGACAACUACAUGAAGAUUGCCUUCCCUGAGGACGAGCUCCGCCCGGUGUCUUGCACUCCCCUUACUCGAGACGCCAAGAAUCCCCGAAAUGUCGAGCUCAACGACGUCCUGGGGAACUACUCCUUGACCCUUAUCGAUAGUCUUUCUACCCUGGCUAUCUUGGCGUCCGCUCCUCCCGAUGAUCGCGGCACCGGGCCGAAAGCGCUCAGGGACUUUCAGGACGGCGUGGCCGCGCUCGUGGAGCAGUACGGAGACGGCAGCCCCGGGCCCUCGGGCGUGGGCCUGCGGGGGCGCGGCUUCGACCUGGACAGCAAGGUGCAAGUGUUUGAGACGGUCAUCCGUGGCGUGGGAGGUUUGCUGAGCGCCCACCUCUUCGCCAUCGGCGCGCUGCCCAUCGCCGGCUACCACCCACGACGCCCUGGCGACGACCCCCUGAAUCCCCGUCCCGUUGUCUGGCCGAGCGGGUUUCGGUACGACGGUCAGCUUUUGCGCUUGGCCCUUGACCUGGCCCAGAGACUCCUACCCGCCUUCUACACCAAGACCGGCAUGCCCUAUCCGCGGGUCAACCUCCGCCACGGCAUUCCCUUCUACGCAAACUCGCCCCUCCACGAAUUCUCCCCGGACGCGACCCCUGAGGGGCCCCCGGAAAUCACGGAAACCUGCAGUGCCGGCGCAGGCUCGCUUGUUCUAGAGUUCACAGUUCUCAGUCGCCUAACCGGCGACGCUCGGUUCGAGCAGCUGGCCAAGCGUGCAUUCUGGGCUGUGUGGUACCGGAAGAGUCAGAUAGGGCUUAUCGGUGCGGGCGUGGAUGCUGAGCAGGGCCACUGGAUAGGAUCCUAUUCCGUGAUCGGCGCAGGCGCCGAUAGCUUCUUCGAAUAUGCCCUGAAAUCCCACAUCCUGCUCUCGGGCCAUGAACUGCCCAAUCAGACCGCUGUCCCCCCUCCUCACGAUGACGCGUGGCUGGACCCAAAUACGCUCUUCGCUCCCCUGAGUGACGUCGAAAACUCGGCCGACACUUUCUUGGAGGCUUGGCAUCACGCACACGCUGCCAUCAAGCGGCACCUCUACAGUGAGCGCGACCAUCCGCACUAUGAAAAUGUCAAUCUCUGGACCGGCUCUUUGGUGUCCAACUGGGUCGACAGCCUCGGUGCCUACUACUCUGGGCUCCUCGUCCUGGCUGGCGAGCUGGACGAGGCCGUCGAGACGAACCUGCUCUACACUGCCAUUUGGACCCGCUACGCCGCCCUUCCCGAACGGUGGUCUAUCCGGGACAAGACGGUCGAAGGGGGUCUGGGCUGGUGGCCGCUGCGGCCCGAGUUCAUCGAGUCGACGUACCAUUUGUACCGCGCCACCAGGGAUCCCUGGUAUCUCUACGUCGGCGAGAUGGUGCUUCGGGACAUCAAGAGGCGCUGCUGGACUCCUUGUGGUUGGGCCGGUCUGCAGAACGUCUUGGACGGGCAGAAGAGCGACCGCAUGGAGAGUUUCUUCCUCGGCGAAACUGCCAAGUACAUGUACCUCCUCUUCGAUGACCAACAUCCCCUCAACGCGCUUGACGCGGCCUAUGUCUUCUCCACCGAGGGGCAUCCCCUGAUCAUCCCCAAAGCAGCCACGCCAUCGGUGAGGCCUCGCUCCCCGUCGGGGUCUGACAACAGGGACCUGACAGUCUACUACGAUGAGGCCUUCACCAACACUUGCCCGCCGCGCCCAGCGAGCACCCCUCUUUCAGGCUCGGUGGUGGCUGCCCGGGACGACAUAUACCAUGCCGCGCGCAUGCUGGACCUGCAUUUACUCUCCACUUCGCGCAUCACCAUUGACGGCGGUCAGGUGUCCGGCCUGCACAUGGCCAGAUCCAACUUCACCCUGUUCCCCUGGACCCUGCCGCCUGAACUUCUGCCCAGCAAUGGCACCUGCUCCAAGGUUUACCAACCGCACGAGGUUACCCUGGAGUUUGCGGCGACCGCGGGACAGUCUGUCGGUGGCAGUUCGUUCAAUUUUAUGCUCGGAGGCCAGAACUUGGAGCGUCUCAGCACCGACCGCAUCCGGGUCUCCAGUCUGUCCAGUCUGAAGAUCACCCUCCGGCUCGAAGAGGGCGGGGAGCAAGAAUGGCAAGUCACCAAGAUCAACGGCUUCCCUCUUGGCCGAGAUGAGUUUGCCGUCUUCGAUCGAGCGAUCCUCGGCGAUCUUUCCGACCCCCGAUUCCACCUCGUCAGAGACCCCGUCAUGGUGAAGCUCCAGCAGCUCCACAGGGUUGCCCUUCACGAGAACGACACCAGCAGCCACGACCGCGCACCUGGCGAUCACCAUGAAGAAAUGCCACAGCUCGAUCCUCUCCAAGACCCCAACCGCCCCGCUGCCCUCUCCGAGCUCAGCUCCCUCGUCCGGUCCAUCUUCACCCGCGUCGCUGCAUCGCUCGACAUCCAGCUCCCUACUUCUCUCCCUGGCAUGGCGACUGCUCCCCUUCCUUACAACUUGGUCAUCAAUCAAACCGCCAUAACACCUGUUGGCAUCGGCGCCGGGCCUCUCCCGCCCGCGACCGCCGCCGCCGAUGCCGCCGCCGCGCGCAUUCCGCCCUUCGGCCCCGUGCCGGCCGGCCUCUUCCCCUGGACGACCAUCUACGCCGCCGGCGACGCCUGCUCCGGCCCGCUCCCCCAAUCCGCUCCGCGCGAUCACCAGGUCAUUCUCAUCCGCCGCGGCGGCUGCAGCUUUUCCGCCAAGCUCGCCAACAUACCCGCCUACGCGCCGUCGCCGACCUCGCUGCAGCUGGUGGUGGUCGUGUCCGACGACGAAGAGGGCGGCGGGGCCGGGUUGGUGCGGCCGCUGCUGGACGAGGUGCAGCGCACGCCGGGCGGGAUGCUGCGGCGGCAUCUGAUCCCCAUGGUCAUGGUUGGCGGCGGCGACGUGGCGUACCAGCGGCUGAGAUACGCGGCGGGGGUCGGGUUGGCGAAGCGGUACUUCAUUGAGAGCCAGGGGGUGAGGGUAAGGAAUAUUAUUGUCGAUGAGGGGGAUGUGGAGACGGCGCUGUGA